UGCUGAAUGCUGCGGCUAUUGAAGACGAGGUAAACAUGAUCCAACUCUCCAUCAAACAAUUGGCUAUCAAGCGGACCCCAGUUCAACUGGUCUGGAGUAGUUGUCCAAAUGUGAUAAAAUUGCAGCGUUCAACUCAAAGUCACAAAUUCGUUGUUUAGCGCAUAAUUUGGAAAUAGUUUCAAGCUGUUUAUGUCAGAUUAUUGCAAUCAAUUUCGGUUCAAAGCAGUAGAGAAAUGACCACUAUAUCCCUAGCAGCAGGACAUUGUGGUAGAGGAAGAGUAGUGGAUGAAUUAACUUCUGAAUGUGGAUUAAGGUCAUUUUUUGGUAGUGGCAAGGAGGAUGUUCUUGCUAGUGAUUUGUUUGAAGGAAAGAUCGGGAUCCUAAACUUGUGUGUGAUGAGGCCGUUGGGACACUCUCCGGUUAGGAGCAGCGGAAAAAGGCUAUCUGUCAUUGCAAAAGUUAAGAAAGUGAAGAAGAAUGACUAUCCUUGGCCGGAUGACAUCAAUCCUAAUCUAACGAGUGGACACUUGAGAUACCUCUCUCACUUCAAGCCAUUGGAACAGAAACCGAAACCUGUAACACUUGCAUUUGAGAAACCAUUGGUUGAUCUCGAGCUAAAGAUCAUUGAGGUACGGCGAAUGGCAGAUGAAACUGGUCUUGAUUUCAGUGACCAAAUCAGUGCUUUGGAGUUGAAAUAUCAACAGGCUUUAAAGGAUCUGUAUACCCAUUUGACACCACAUCAACGCUUAAAUCUUGCUAGACAUCCCAACAGGCCAACUGUCCUUGAUCAUGUUCUGAACAUCACAGAAAAGUGGGUGGAACUCCAUGGAGAUCGUGCUGGCUAUGAUGAUCCAGCUAUUGUUACUGGUAUAGGAAGCAUUGAUGGUAGAAGCUAUUUGUUCAUCGGGCAUCAAAAGGGAAGAAAUACGAAGGAGAACAUUUCUCGUAACUUCGCAAUGCCGACUCCCCAUGGGUACAGGAAGGCUUUGCGUAUGAUGAAAUAUGCUGAUCAUCAUGGUUUUCCCAUAAUUACUCUUAUUGACACACCGGGAGCUUAUGCUGAUCUCAAGUCGGAGGAACUUGGUCAAGGUGAAGCUAUUGCUCAGAACAUAAGGUCUAUGUUUGGACUGAGGGUUCCUAUCAUCACAAUAGUAACAGGUGAAGGUGGUUCUGGAGGAGCUCUGGCCAUUGGCUGCUGCAAUAAAUUGUUUAUGCUUGAGAAUGCUGCUUUCUAUGUUGCUAGCCCUGAAGCAUGUGCUGCAAUAUUAUGGAAAUCUGCCCAAGCAGCUCCAAAGGCCGCUGAAAAGCUGAGGAUCACAGCCCAAGAACACCUCCGACUAAAAAUUGCUGAUGCUAUCAUUCCUGAGCCGCUUGGAGGAGCACAUUCUGAUCCUAUAUGGACAUCCCAGCAGAUAAAAAUCUCCAUUUUACAAGCAAUGAAGGAAUUGGGUAAUAUGAGUAAAGAGGAGUUGCUUCGACAUCGUAUGCUCAAGUUCCGUCAUAUUGGUGGGUUUCAAGAAGGCAUCCCUGUUGAUCCAAAGAAGAAACGGAAGAUGAAACCUUCGGAGGUCAAUGUGACAACAUCUGCUGAUAUAGAGACUGAGCUUGAGAACCUCAAAAAGAUGAUUUUAGAAGCUAAAGGAUCAGAUGAGCAAACUACGAGCCAAACAAUGGAGAAGCUACAAGAGGAUGUUGAUAAAGAGAUUACAAAAGCCUUUGUGUCCAUGGGCUUACAAGGGGAACUUGAAUCACUCAAGUUAGAGUUAGCUAAAACCUCUGAUCCAGUUCUAAGCCUUGCAUUAAAGGAAAAGGCAGAUAGACUGGUGCAAGAAUUCAAUCUUAAAUUUUCCAAAACUGGCGAGUUUAUGGGAUUGAAAGAGAAGUUAGCAAAGCUUGAAACUGUAAACAGGCUCAUGGUGGUCAAGGAAAAAGGCGAGAAGAUAAAAACAGAGAUCAACGAGAAAGUACCAGCCAAGGUAAAGGAGAAGUUACUGCUGCUAAAAACUGUUCAAGAGAAAUUACUGCAAGGCGAAGAAGUUGAUAAGGAAAUAGUAAAAGAAGUAGAAACUGCAAGAAAAGAGCUCGGGGAGGUUUUGAAGGCAUCUAACUUAGAGAUCGUAGGUACGACAAAGAGAGGUGAAAGAAGUUUACCUCCUGAUUUGAACAAAAAGCUUUCGGGUUUGAACAGUGAGAUUAAUACAGAAAUCGAGAGAGCUAUCGACGAGGCUGGCCUUCGAGAGAAAAUAGAGGAAUUGAAGGCAGAGAUUGCAGAAAAUUCGAUCUCGGAAAAGAUAAAAAGACUAAAGGAAGAACUAAAGGAGAAAAUUGUUGCUGCUAUGAAUGUUGAAUCUCUGAAAGGGAAGGCUGAUAAUCUGAGAGAUGAGUUGGUGUCUUCUCCAGAGACAGUUCUGCAAGGUUCAAGCUCAUCGAACGAUCCAAUUACUCAGUGAAGACAUUUAGCAUUUGAUGCAAUAUUGUGAACAGAACAUCCAAUGUAUAUAUCAGGAAGCAAAUCUUGUUGUCACUUUUGUGGACUUUGUUACAUACAUUAAAAAUAAUGUUGAAGAUAGUACAACAGAGUAUAGUUUUAGUUCUUUUAA